GCCGCAACCUAGUUGAGCGUCUCAGCAGAUCGUACCUGACGCCCACAGCCCAUGAGCCCCUGUUUCCUGCCGCGGAGGUGCCCCUUGGCAAAAAAAAAAGUGGCCGGAGGGACGUACCAACCGUCGUCCAAUCACUACAGACAGCCGUGACAGCUCGCGAGAGAAGCGGACUGCAGUGCCUGUCGCCGUGCGUGUCUUCGGACGAAGUUCUCACCGUUUUGUAUCCCAGCUCUGUCUCCAAGCUCCAAGCUCCAACGUCCCACCAGACCAACUCCCGUCCGACUCCCGAGUCUAAACCCUCAACCACCACUCCCCCUCGUCCCACCACCACCCAUCAGCUCGCCCGCGAGUCCACGCCGCAUCGAUCCGAGACUGCGUCGUCGGUCCGUGUGCGCGAGCAGGCCGUCCAUGGCUUCCGCCACAUCUCGCCAUGGCUCCGUACAGAAAUGGCUCCCCCUGGGCAUCGCGCAGAUCUCCCUUGGACGAUAACUCCAUCGUCGACGAACUCCGCGCCUCGGCCGCCCGCGCCAUGCGCUUCGCCGCCAGCUUCGCAAGGGGACCCGCUUGGCACCUGGCCCUCUCCCUCCUCUCACGAGCCGCCCUGCAGGUCCGCCGCAACCUGACUUCGCGCCGGCUACUCAGCUUCCCCCAUUUGAUGGUCGCCAUGUGGCUUCUCGUGCUGCUCUGGGGUGAGCGCUGGGUGUUUGGCACCAAGGUCGAGCAGUGCCGCUGGGACAGAUGGGAGAAGUGGCCUACCGGUAUCACCCCCCACCGAGUCGUGCUGGUGGCCGAUCCGCAGCUGAUCGACCCCCAUUCCUACCCUGGGAGGCCUUGGCCUGUCAACCCCUUGACCUACCUCGUCACCGACAACUACCUCCGCCGCUCCUACAACCAGCUCGUCUCGCAGCUCCACCCCUCCACCAUCUUCUUCCUUGGCGACUUGUUCGAUGGCGGCCGCGAGUGGAAGACGGAACACGGUGAAUUCAAGGACCCCACCUGGAGCCAUCGGCCCGGAGACGAGCAGGCGCUCCUAAAGACGUGGAACAAGCGCUACGGUCAGGACUUCUGGCUGAAGGAGUACGGAAGGUUCGGCGACAUCUUCCUGGACCCCUGGAAGAAGGCCGCAAAGAAGCACGACAGCAGCGCCGCGCAACGGGGCCCCAGGAUCAUCACGAGCCUUCCUGGGAAUCACGACCUCGGUUUCGGCUCCGAGGUCAAGCUGUCGGUGCGGAACAGGUUCGAGACAUUUUUUGGCGAAGGCAACCGGGUCGAUGUCAUAGGCAACCACACCUUUGUCUCGGUCGACACUGUAUCUCUCAGCGCCGACGCAUCGGAGCAGCGCGGCGUGGUCGGGGACGUUUUUGCGCCGACGCAGAACUUCCUCAAGAGCGUGGCCUGGAUCAAGCGCAAGGCCGUCGCUAAGGCGCUCCGACACCAGCAGAAGCGGGUCGAGGAGGUCCAGUUUCCCCACCGUAUCGAGGAUCUCGCGAACGCCGACUUCAAAGACUCUCCGAAGCUUGUCUCGGGCUCUGGUGGCCCGGAUUUCCCUUCGAUCCUGCUGACCCACGUACCUCUCUAUCGACCCCCGGGCACUCCAUGCGGACCUCUAAGGGAACACUGGCCUCCUGCCAAGCCGCCCAAGGGCGAAAAGGGGCCCGUAUUUCCCGACCACCGCAACGCCAUCUCGGUCUCGGGAGGAUACCAGUACCAGAACGUGCUCGGCGAGCAGGACUCGGCCGACCUUAUCAGUAGUAUCGGCAACGUGGUGCACGCCUUUUCGGGCGACGACCAUGACUACUGUGAGCUGACGCACGACUCCAGGCAAGCAAACGUGCGCGAGAUCACGGUCAAGAGCAUCAGCAUGGCCAUGGGCGUCCCCACGCCGGGAUUCGUCAUGGUCAGCCUCUACAACCCCAUCGACGCCGAUGGCAAGCCCCUGCCUGGCGCCCCAAAGACCACGCUGCAGACGCACCUCUGCCUCCUGCCCAGCCAGUUCCACACCUUCUCCCGCUACCUCGUUUUCCUCAUUAUGACCAUGAUAGUCCUGGGCGUCCGAGCUUUCCUCGUGCCCAUCCUGCGUCUGACCCCCUUUGCUUUGCCGCCGCUGCGCCGGUCGGGCGCGAUGCUGCCCAUGUCCAAGGCCAAGGGACGUGAUGACGAGCGUGACGAGAGCUGGAGGUCCCCCAACUCGGGGGCCUCGGGCUUUUCCACCCCGUCACUUUCGGCGUCGCACUCGCGCGACGGAAACCGGAGUAACGGCUACGGAUACGACGGCGCGAAAUCGUCCAACGGCGGGCCCGCGGGCAUGUCAUCGUCGGCCAGCGGCAAGCUGCGGCACUCGUCGCAGCGCCAGUCUAAGGCCGGCGUCGGCGGCGGCAAGUGGGGCUGGGGCGCCAACUCGGAGCCGAUGCGGUCGCCCAGGAUCGAGAUCCACAGCGACGACGUCGACUACGACGUCUACAGCUACAGCGCCAACGGCAAGUGGAAGGCCGCCCGCCGCCCUCGGCGCCCGUCGGGCCUGGCCGCCAUGGUCCGCGAGCUAGUCGCGACGCUGUGGCGCGUCGUCUGGAUGGUGCUCUGCAUAUGGGCCUGGCUCGCCUGGAAAGGCUAGCCGAUCUAGGUCGUUUCAGGGCUGCCUGACCUUUUCUCAACCUCCCGGUCCUCCUCCUCAACACUCGGACAUUUCACCUCCUUGUCAGUAUCCUUGAUGACGACUCGUCCACAUGUUAUUCUUGGGUCUGCUUUCUGGUUUACGUCGCAUAAUCACAUCUUUCUCUGGAGCCUGGGGUGCAUCUCGUUCUCUCUUCAUUCUCGUGUCUUUUUAUUUACCCUUUUCUUUGCUUGAUCUCACCCUUAGUAUCAGCGUAUUUGGAUUGCAGGAUACGAAUAGUCUUAGCCUACUAUAUAGAUCAGUCGAGUUUGCGCGGGUGGCAUGUUGAAAUGACUAAGGCUUUGGGCAUGAAAGCAUGUGUCUUGACAUUUCGUCUUGUAUUUUUUCUCCGUGUUGUUUUUACAUUGUGGUAGUUUAACCAAGGAAGGUAGCUGUGCUCGGCGUGGCGGAGGCUCGGAGGUUGCAUCUGCACUUGAAUCCAAGGUAGAAAAAUGGGCGCGGCAAAAAGGCAUCGCUAGGGUUACUGGCCUGGUAAAUACGAUAAACCGCAUCUCUUUGAUUACUCC